UCCUUAACUAAGCAUUCCUAGUAAAAGUGAGCGAUUUUGUUCCAAUGGUGAACAAUACAGCUGAGAGUAGUGAGUCUAGCGAUGACGAACAGAGUUACUCAUCCUCAUCUGAAGAAUGGUCCAAGUCAUCGGACGAUGCUGAUGAAAUUGUGGAAGUCAAUGGGUUUCAGGUUCUUGAUUCACAGGUAAACCAAGUGAUGGCAAUCUUUGAGAAAUAUCCAGACAUGGCAUCAGAUUUCAGUUUAAAGAAUCAACAGCUUAGAAAUGCUUACAUGGGUGUUCUUCUCAACGUAAUUAUGACACUAUGCCAAUCGCCUGAUGAGCUCACAAUGGACGAUUUAAACAAAGCAGACCGCACAGUUUUGGAUCUAACAAAAGCAGGCUUUAAGUUGCAUUGGUUGCGUCAGAAAGUAGACGAGGCUUUCCUUAAAAAGGAGAAAAAACGGGAGAUUAGGGCACAGAUUAGAUUACUUGAGGAAAAAGUCAAGAAGCGAAAGCUGUCUUUGUCAGAUUUAGAAUCUGCUUUGAAGAAGCAGAAAGCUUCAGCUUUGGCUAUUGAAACACCAUUUGAUUUCAGUGAUAUUGUUUGAUAAAAGGAAGUCACUGGUUGAGAGUUUUAGUUGAACCUCUCUGCUUAUUUCCUCAACUUUUCUUAUUUCAAUACAGUCUGUCUUCUUUGAAGAAAAAGAGUUUACGUAUGGAUCAAGUAUCGUAUACAC